CUCACGUAGGGUCGUUUUCACAUUUCCCAGAUGAUUUGACCGCACCAUUAGUUUGUGCUCACCAGGGGGCGUAAACGUUCCAGAAUCUUGAAGGCGGACCAGCCCCGGCUCCUCUAGGCAGGUGCUCCCGAUCCAUCCCCGAAGAGUGAAAGCCUUGCGGCUUCCUGCGAGAUCGUGACGACUUCCGCGUAGGAGGGCGAGAGGGAGGAGGGAGCGAGUGGAUCAUCCGAGCACCAGCGCCGCAGCCGCCGCCGCUGCCGCAGAGGGAGCGAGAUGGCGGAGUGCGGCCGGAAGGCGCUGUCCCUCCUGGAGGCGGCCCGCUCCCGCUACGAGAGCCUGCAGAUAUCCGACGACGUCUUCGGCGAGUCGGGAGACGACAGCAGCGACAACCCGUUCUACAGCACCUCCGGAGACUCGGACUCGGACAACUACACAGCCGAGGCGGGCGAUGAGGAACACCUCCACCACCACCACCACCACCACCAACACCAUCAUCAGCAUCAUCAUGCGCACCACUUCCACCCCCAUCGCCAGAGACGCGCCGACAGAGAGAGCUCCCACGGCGGGGGAGCGGGGGGAGGCAGCCCCGGCCCGCCCGGCGCUCUGUCCCGGAGCCAAGCCGAGGAGGAGGGCUGGACGGAGAGCCUGCAGGAUGUCACCGUGCCGCCGUUUAAAGGCUCUUACGGCCCCGCCCAGAAGAUGCCGCCAAGCGCCAGCGCUGUGGACUUCUUCCAGCUCUUCGUCCCGGACAACUGCAUCCAAAACAUGGUGACGCAGACCAACAUGUACGCCAAGAAGUUCCAGGAGCGCUUCGGCUCGGACGAGGGCUGGCGUCCCGUCACGGCCCAGGAGAUGAAGGCCUUCCUGGGCUUCGUCACCUCCACCAGCGUGCACCACUGCGAGUCGGUGCUGAGCAUCUGGAGCUCGGGCUUUUUCGGCAACCGCAGCAUCGCGCUCAAGAUGAGUCAGGCGCGCUUCGAGAAGAUCCUCAAGUACUUCCACAUCGUGGCCUUCAGGCCCUCGCAGGGAAGCAACCAGGGCCUGUACAAGAUCCAGCCCUUCCUGGACUCGCUGCAGCAGGCUUUCAGCUGCACCUUCAAGCCUUCGCAGACCCAGGUUCUUCACGAACCCUUAAUAGACGAGGACCCGGUUUUCAUCAGCACCUGCACAGAACGCGAGCAGCGCAAGAGGAAGAAGAGGAAGUUCAGUCUUUGGGUUCGGCAGUGCACCUCCACCGGAUUCAUCUGUCAGAUCUCGGUUCAUCUGAAAGAAGGCCAAGGUGCGGACGGCCUGGCCGCCCUGAAGAACAAGCCUCAGCUGCACAGUCUGGUGGCCAAGCAGCUGUGCCAGAACAUCUCUGGCAAGAACACCAUCGUCUUCACGGGGCCGUCCAUCACGAGUCUUGGCCUCUUCAGCGAGUUCAGCAAGCAAGACAUUUUUUGCUGCGGUCUGCUGAGCACCAGGAAGAGCGACUGCACGGGCCUGCCUCAGAGCUUGCUGGUGUGCAGCUCGACGCCGGCGCAGCGCGGCCAGUGGCGGGUGAUGAUGCGAGGCAGCAUGUCGCUCAUCAGCUGGUACAACAAGGGCCACUUCAGGUUCCUCACCAACGCCUACUCGCCCACUAAACAAGGUUUGAUCAUCAAGAGAAAAAGCGGCGAGGUUCCGUGUCCCUUGGCGGUGGAGGCCUUCGCCGCGCAUCUCAGCUACAUCUGCAAAUACGACGACAAAUUCAGCAAGUACUUCAUCUUCCACAAGCCCAACAAAACGUGGCAGCAGGUCUUCUGGCUGACUAUCAGCAUCGCCAUCAACAACGCCUACGUCCUCUACAAGAUGUCCGACGCGUACGCCGCCAAGCGCUACAGCCGAGCGCAGUUCGGAGAGAGACUGGUGAAGGAGCUGCUGGACGUGGACGACGACUCGCCCACGCCGUGAGGAGAUGGGGAGGGGUGCGGGGGGGUACACACCCGACACCCACAAUCGCAUUUACAUUGCCACACACUUCCUCCCGCCUGUACACUGUGUGUGUGUGUGUGUGUGUGUCACGAUACUCAAGCAGUGCCAACUCGUACCCAGGUCCUUAUCCGUUGUACUGUAAAUAGAAUGCGCAACAUCACUUCAGAAGUGGGGGGGGGGGUCGCGGGAUGGGGCGGAAGGUUGGACACCAGUAAGGUUUGUCUGAACAUGAGAUCAAGGGCGUGUUGAGCCCCCCCGGUACUUUCCCAUUUUUGAUCAUUAAAUGCGGACGACACUAAAAAUCAUCGUUUCUCAUUUUUUAUUCAAACCAUUCGAACUACAAAAAUCAGGAUAAAUUUGGGAACCUUUUUUUUCCCCGCUUUUUCCCACAAUUCCACAUUUUCCAACUUCAAAAAAAAACAACAUUCUUACCUUUUGGCUUGGGGGGGCGGGGAUGUUGUUGUUUCUGUAUGGCUCCAUUGCUUGAAAGUGGCUCUGGAUCUUCACCCAGCUUAGAAGAUCUUGUCAUGAGCUGGAGAAAGUGCAGAAACCGGGUUACUUACAGACGGCAGUUUGAGAAACGGGCAGGUAAAAACGUUAAUUUCACACGCUGUCGGUGGGCAGACGGUGUUACAUUUAAAAAUGACAUUUUCCAUAACACGUCACCGUUUAAAUAUGAUCACGUGUUGUGAAAAUGGUUCCAGGAAAGGUUGUAACUAAUUUUUUGCACUCACGCUUCCAAAAACAACAAAGUGGAUGUUAUCGUUGACAAUGAAAGAUUGUGUACAUAUAGAUGUAAGAAAUUCAGCCAAUCAAUUAGUCCCAGUACUUUACGUGUGUUUCUAUUUUGUUUACGCAGACUCAAGAAUGUCAUUUUUAUUUUUGAAUCACUGUUGCAAGGUAACAUUGUCCUCACUUAUGUGUGUGCGCGUGAAUGUGUGUGUGAGAACUAUGAAAAUGUCCCGUACUCACUUUCAGUAACCUUCACGUCAAUGUUAAGACACCGGGCCACAUACACAAAAGUUCAGAUUCAACAAACUGUGUGUAAUAACAUGUCUGUUGACUAACACGCUGUUGCGGUUUCACUGGGCUGAAAUCCGCACGGUCACACCCGGAAUCGGCAACACCUUAAUAUCAAAGCGCUUGUGUUAGCAUUAGCAUUAGCACUAACGUAAAUCUUUGCGACCCGAUACUUGGCGUAUUUUGUCUCUUGUCGUUUACUGUGUGUACGUUUACCAUUCACUGCGGCUCAACAGAAACAAACAUUUGUUGUUAAUCCUUUUAACCCGUCAAAAACGUGAAGCAUUCGAAACAAAUACAUUCUAAAUAUUAAGAUAGGUUAAUGUGGGGAGAAAUGUCUUGAGAGUCUAACUUGCCGACAUCAUCUAGGGCCAGUUUACUGGUUCUGUGAGGAUAAAAUGUCAUCUGGUUGAAGAAGCGUGACAUUAUUGAGUCGAAAGCUGCCAGCGCAGUACAGCCGAAACGCUAGCAAAUGAAUAAGAAUAGACUUGUGGGAAUAAAAUGACAAUAUUUCAUGGAACAAAAGUGACAAUUUAGGUUGAAAAUGGAGGUCAGUGCUUCCGACUGCUCCUUAUGAGAACCCGUAUCAUCCCAUUUUUGAAAUCAUCUACCGUGUUUGAGUUCCGAACUAGUGGCUGAAAAAAAAAAAUGGGACUCAUUCCUUUCCCAUAGCACCUCUUCUUUUUGAUUUGCGCCCCAUUCAAACUCAACGAAUGCGUGGGACGAAAUGUGCUCGGCGCCCGCAGUUUAAUAUCCUUAACUUAAAGAGUCACAAAAUGAUGACGAAAUAACUCGCCCUAGUCGUGCGGCAUGAGAUGCUGUCCACGUGAUGUGAAAAUGUGUGUGCGUUUUAUCUGUGCAGUGCUUUAACUAACGGGUCCGCCGAGUCAGUAGAGAUGUGUAAUAAAUGGAUCCGAUGAUGAAAUAAGGGUGAGCUCAGGGCGCCGUGGCUAACUAACCGCACUCUACAUGUGACAUUAUUAAGAGGAGACUAACACACAUACACUUGAUGGACUUGUUUAUCUCCUAAACGGGUGCUAUCAGUAUCAAGUAGACUUCAAUGUUAUGAAAUCUUAGCAGCCACAUAAUAAAGGUGAAAAAUAUAAUAACAUGGUAAAAGAUGAUUCAAAGGGAAAAAAAACAAAAACAUUUUUUUCCCAUCAUGCAACUGAUGAGCCCCACUGACAUGAGUGUGUGUGUGAGUGUGUGCGCGCGCAUGUAUUGUUGACACUGGGUUGAAAUGUGUACAAUAACUGGACCAAAUAAAUUUCAGAAAUGUGUGUGGUGA